AUGGAACAACCUAAUAUAGAUGGAAUUUUAGCGCAAAACCAAUCUUUGAUUACAGGUAUAAUUAAAACUCAAAAUCAAAACCCCUUUGUCCCUGACAUCAAAGCGCUAAAUAAGUUGUACAAUAAUAUUUUAACCCUGACUCAAAUUGGUGAUUCUCUGCCGGAUACUCCGAAUAUGCUUUUUCAGCAUUAUAUUCCGAUAUCAUCUAGCGACCAAAAGAAAAUUAAUAGCUUACUCCCCCCAUUUAAUAACGAACAAAACCGUCAUUUUUUCCUAAAAAUCUUUCCUUAGGCCUCAUUUAAUAACGAACAAAAUUUACUAUAAAAUUUACAUAAGCUAAUUUAGUCUUUAUAUAGUUUACUAAUUUUAAGUAGUUAGAAUAAGAUAAGUACAAAUAUAAUCGAGCAAAGAAUAAUAAAUAAGAGCUAAUAAGUUAAUAGUGGCUUAAUCUUAAGCUGUUGCUUUACUCCCCCGCUCCGUGAGUGAACAAAAAAAUCUCGUUCGCUUACGAAGGGGGUUAAUUUUUUUUGGAUAAAUUUUAUAGAAAAUUGUUUUUUCGAAAUUUAAAAAAAUCCUAAUUCGCAAAAAUUGGAAAGCAAAUAUUAAUUGAAUUUGUAGAAUUUAUGUUUUAAAACGUAAUUUGCUUAAAAUUAAACAGAACUAGCUCCAGAUUUCAUUAUAAUAAUUAUCAUUUAUAUAUCAAAAUUUUUUCCAUAAAAAAUUUUUCUAUUAAAUAAAAUUUUAUUCGCUAACGGAGGGUGAGGGAUUUUUCUAAUGGUUUUUGUUCGCUCACGGAGGGGUGGGGAGUUAGCAAUAGUUAUCUUUUCGCUUUCAUUUAGGCGCUUUCUCUUUCUGUUGCCAUCAUUUGAAUCCUUUAUUAUUAUUAACUCUUUAAUUGAAAUUUUUAUAAAAAAAUUCAUAGAUAUUUAAUAUAAAUUUUAUAUAUAUUUUUGUUCCAAAAAAUUUUAUAAUUUAGACCCCAUUUAAUAACGAACAAAAAAAGUGUUCGUUAUUAAAUGGGGGGGGAGAGUUAGAAAGAUUGCAGGAAGCUUUUGCAGGUGAAUAUUUUCAAUUGAUGAUUGAAUCUGCACAAAAGCAUCAAAAGCCUUCGCCUCCAAAAAAAUCACGCCAAGAAUGCAGGUGAACAGAAGAAGAAGAGUCCAAAUUUUUAGAAGCCUUAGAAAAACUUGGCGAAAGCGAUCUAGAUGAAAUUGCAAAGCACAUUGGGACAAGAACAAAAAUUCAAGUUAGAUCACAUUUGCAGAAGCAUAAGUUAAAAAUACAAAAUAAGAAAAAUAAAAAGCAGAAAGUGAGUGAUCAGAUAGAAAAACAAUAG